UUCCUCAAAUGACAAUGUGGGUCACAAACCUCCAUCUACUUCUUCUGUACGUUUGCAUGAAGCCUGGAGCCUCUCCCCAGCAGCAGUAUUUACCACCACUCCUUUGUGUGGGGCCCCCAGAGUUUGGGCCCCCCCCAUUGGCUACAAAUAGUCACUACACUAAAUAUUAAAUUACAUGCCUUAUUUAGAUUAUACUGAAGCAGCGUGUUCUGCUAGCCAGCAAGCUAGCUACAAUCUUCUUACUCUUCUUCUUCAAUCUUCUUACUUUUUGAAUAUGGCCCCAGAAAGCUCCGUGAUACACAGUCCCAUGGGACUGCAGGACUGUGUAACAUGGAGGAGACAUGCAAACAUCUCCAAACAUCAUCUCACCAUCAUAUUAAAUAUAUGACUAUAUUAAUAUAUUAAUGGGUUCUUUGUGUUUAUGCAUAUCAACACAUCAAGAGCCAGAGAGUGACAUAAUUAAGAUUACAAAAAAACACAAAACCAUUCUUCAGUAAAGCCAAAUUUACACCAAAUUGAGGCCUACUCACACUUCACUAAAGCAAAUAUUUUGGCUUUAAUAUUUUGGCCAUCAUUCGAAGUAAACACGAUAAUUUCCCACACAUUUUCUAUGUUUUGUUCUAUCUGCCACGGGGAAUAAAACCGGUAUUCAUGUUUUAGGUGGCCACAAAACGCUUUUUCAACGAUGAACAGCUGUGGCGUAAAUUUUGUGAGAUAAUAUGCUGAACGCGACAGAAAUACACUGCACCUAAGUAGUAUGCGCAAUUACAAGCGGUAUAGUGGUCCCUUGCGGCCAAGAGGUGUCAGACUUAAAUAUAAAGAAGAAAAUGAGCGCUUUACUAACCUUUUCUCAGCUUCAAUAACAGAAAUAUUCUCCACGUAGCACGUACCUUAUUCCUUAAAUGUAAAAUUUUGCGUUAGUUAUCAAAUUCGUGUUUCCUAAAAAAACUAUUGUUGCAAAAAUAAAUAUUUCUGAAUGUUAAUGAAUGACUUGUGAAUUCUGGAUGUAAAGGUUAGAGCCUUUUGCUAUUUUUUCCCUCUUUUAAUUGUCAAUCUCGCCAUGUAUUUCCGAGGAUAUUUAAGUCAACUAAAUUUUGAUAAGAUUAAAUUUAUAGCAUUAAUUAAUUAUAAGGUGCCCCCUAAGCAAUUUUGUUUUAAUUAUAAUUAAUUCGAUGUCCUACAUUCUAGUCUUCCUGCAUCAUUAACUCCGUAAUGGUCAAGGACAACUGCAUAUAAAUUACGAAGAGGCAAAUUAAAUCAAUAUGCUACAUGCAGAAUCCAUUCCUACUUCCAUGGUCCAGGUUUUCCUGGAAAUAAUAGGAACUUACUUGAAAUUGAAGCCUACAAAAAACUACUGUUGUGCGGAUUUUAUUACUCGGUUUGCCGUUGAAAUGUGGAAAAACCAAAGCCUACAAUGAAAAUCAUGACCUGGAAAUUCCAUAAGAGAAAGUUGCAUUUGGGUUCACGGCAAUAUUGAUAUUACCCUCGUGUGUGAUUUAGGAAAGCAGACAUUUUUAGCCCUGGAUUUUUUAACAGGGAACACGGAGUCCUGGGAAUGCCCGUUUUGCGGACUGUUCAUUGAAUGCAUAUGUGCGGCUGCGGUCGUGGAGCUCUCCCUCCUGGGCAUGCGCGGUACAUGUACAGGCGUUUAAAAGUUGGGGCAAAGAUCUUUCAGCUUUAACUUAAGAAUUCUUUCUUCGCAGACAACUUUUCGUGCCAUUAGGCUGGACGAUGAUAUCAGUGGUGCUGGCGACGGCGCUCGCCGGAUUUGCGGCCGCCCUGGUCUUCCAGAGGAUGUUUUACCCCUUCUUUUGGGAUGAUUUGAUUUAUUACCUAAAAGUUCGGCAAGUUGGAGGACUGAUGAGGUUAAGGAUGAAGAAUGGUGUUGUCACUUUCAUCGACUGCUUUGUUCACCAGGCGAGGAAAAUCCCCGAUAAACCCUUCAUCCUUUAUGAGGGUCAGGUUUUAACAUAUCGGGAGGUAGACAUAAGAAGCAACAAAGUGGCACAGGUAUUCAGGGAAUAUAGUGGUUUGAAAAAAGGAGACAUCGUCGCGCUCCUGAUGAACAAUGAGCCCGAUUUCAUCUGCGUUUGGUUCGGACUUUCCAAGCUGGGCUGCGAGGUCGCAUUUUUGAACUUUAACAUCAAAUCCAAGUCCAUUCUUCAUUGCUUCCAGAGCUGCGGUGCAAAAACUCUCAUCGUAGGCAGAGACUUGGUCAUGUCCCUGGAGGAAUUGCUGCCCUCUUUACAGAGCAGUGGGGUUGACUUGUGGGUUGCAGACGCCAGCUCGCCUUGCCCGGGCGUGAACACUUUACUGGACAAGCUGGAAUGCGCUUCAGGCGAGCCACUUCCCGUAAGGGGGUUUCCUCCCGCUGACAUCAUGUCCAACUUCCUGUUCAUCUUUACCUCAGGAACUACAGGCCUGCCCAAGGCGGUCCGUGUCGGGCACCUCAAAGCCGUCAUGUGCCAGUGCUUUCUGAAGAUAUGCGGGGCCAUCGCCAGUGACAAUGUGUACAUCGCUCUCCCACUGUACCACAUGUCGGCCUCCCUGCUGGGAAUCGGCGGCUGCAUUGAGCUGGGAGCCGCAUGUGUUUUGAAAAAGAAGUUCUCUGCAAGCCAGUUUUGGAAGGACUGUCAGCAGUACCAUGUGACUGUGUUUCAGUACAUCGGGGAGCUGUGUCGCUAUCUCGUUACCCAGCCCAAGGGUGUCGAGGAGACAGCUCACAGCGUGCGACUCGCAAUCGGGAGCGGACUGCGGCCGGAUGUGUGGAGGGAGUUUGCCAGGCGUUUCGGGAAGAUUCGCAUUUACGAAUCGUAUGGCUUGACCGAGACCAGCAUCGGCUUUGUGAACUACACCCGGGAGGUCGGGCCCAUCGGCCGCGCUGGAUACUUCAACAAGGUCAGAUCUUACCACAACAUUGAUGCGUUUUAACAUCUAAAUAGCAUC